AUGGCCAAGAUUCUCCUCCAACUCCCCCGUACUAUCACUCUUAGUGCCCUUCCGGCUAAACUAACCCCAAAUACUAAAUUUACUCUAAAAGGUACAUCUGAACAGUAUGUUUUAAUUAAAGCACCUUUACCCAAUAGUGCUAUCUUUACUAAUGAAGGACUAGAAGAUCUAUCUAGUUGUUAUAUUAUCAGAAAGUGCUAA